UGUGUACAGUUGGUGGCAGUAAUACAUAUUGUGACAGUGAGUGACGUUCUUGAGGAGAAAGCCUACCAAAGAAGAAGAAAAUGGAUCCAGGAAGUGCAAGCUAGCUAACCAUCUGUCUUGUGUAAUAGGUCUAGUUUUAAUGUUUCAUUAAGAUAAAUAUGACAUUAUAUUAGGUAGAUUUAUAUUGUAGAAAGAAAUGCCGUUGCUAAUACAAAAUAGAAGAAUCGAACGACCAGGUUCGACAGUCGAUUUGUUCGCCAGAUAUCCGCAUUUGCAGGAAAACGCCCGAGUAUUUCGGUCCACGCCGGUUGUAGAUGUCGACCCGAAGUGCCUCCUAUACAUACAGCAACGAGAGUUUGCAGCCACAACACCAGCGGACAACUCUGUCGCUGUCCUUGGUUCUGAUGAUGCAACCACCUGCCACCUAGUUCUGGUGCGACACACAGGAAGUGGAGCUGCUUGCCUUGCUCACUGUGAUGGCUCCAGCACGUGGAGUGAGGUUCCCCUCAUCGUCAAAGCUGUCACAUCUCUGAGCAAGGACCCUGCCAAGGAGGGCAGGCUGGAGCUCCACCUCGUUGGAGGUUUUGAUGAUGAGUCAAAGACGUCCCACAAACUCAGCCUUAACCUAUUGUCGGCCUUCCAGAGACAGAAAGAGGAUAUUCACCUAGAGACCUGCUGCAUCACAGAGAUGAAUGACGUCUUAGUGGACGGAGCACACAGACCGGGUGUGCAUGGCAUAGGUAUAAAUAUUAAAACAGGGGAGGUGUUCCCCGCCUCGUUCCCUUACAAAGGACCCGCGGAGGAGCUGCGAUCAGCACGGACAUUCACUGGGGGCCAGAUGGCUGAUAUAUAUGACUCGAACAAAGGAGUUGUGAAGAUAGGCCCAUGUAAGUGGUCCCCGAAUCUGGAUAUUUCCUUCUGGCUAUCGCAAGACGAUGACACCAUCUUAAAGUACCUAUCCACGUCCCCUACGGCUGAGCCACCACACUUUGUCCAGCACAUCAAGUCCACCAUCCAGUUCCUCCUGGAGCACCCCAGUUCAGACAGCGUCUUCCCUGGAGGACAGCCCCAGCACUACCGCAGAACAGAACAGGGGGACUGGGAGAAUGUUAACCAGACAUAAAGGGCUUGAGGCUCUUCUCUAACCCCCUGUUACUUUGACUUUCCCUGGAAUCUGUCUGGAAAUGGAAUCACUCCUUAACUUCUGGAAGACAAGACACUGUGACCCUCCUCUUUACGCCAUUGUGGGUGUCACAUGUUAUUGUUUUUUUGACUUGGUACCAGUACUCCCUGUAUAUAGCCUCUUUAUUUUCAUUUUAUUGUUGCUCUUUUAUUUUUUACUUUUGUUUAUUUGGUAAAUAUUUGUCUUAACUGCAUUGUUGGUUAAGGGCUUGUAAGUAAGCAUUUUACAGUAAGGUAAAAUUGUAUUCGGUGCAUGUGACAAAUAAAAUUUGAUUUGAUUUA